AACAAAUUGACGACUGUUUCUUGAAAGCUGCUUCUGAUGGCGUCACAAGUAUGGCAUUUCCAGUGCUUGGUACAGGGGUAGAUAAAUACCCAGUGGACGUUGUCUCCAAAGUUAUCUUUGAAAGCUUCGACGACUUCAACAACAACAACCGAAACACAUCACUUCAAGAUGUCAGGUUGGUCAUAGAACCAGAGGAUACAGAAAACUGGAGAGUGUUUACAGAUGUCGAACGACUGCAAGGUCCUCGUCGACGGCGAGAAGGAAUUUCAUACCACCACGAUAUGGCUGAAAUCCAGAGCUGGAAUGACAUGAGUAAAGGAGAAUACUUCAAGCUGAUUCAGCUUCCAUCUCAGACUGCAGAAUAUAAAUCUGUGGAACAACAUUUUAAAGCUACUCUGUCAGCAGAUUUUGAUAUCAAUAAGAUUGAACGUGUUCAGAACAAGACCCUGCAUGAUCAAUAUUCUAUAAUGAAACGUAAUUUCGAGGAGAAGAAUCCAAGACUGCAAAAUGAGCGUAAACUUUGGCAUGGAACAUCGUCUGAUUCUACCAACAGCAUAAACACAUGUGGAUUUAACAGAAGCUUUUGUGGCAAAAAUGCAACUGCAUACGGCAAUGGAACGUACUUUGCUACCGAUUCAUCCUACUCUGCAGAUGACACAUAUUCGCCGCCCGACAGCGAGGGAUACAAAUAUGUCUACCAGGCGUUGGUGUUGACUGGCGAUUUCACAGAAGGCCGUUUUGGCAUAAGGGUUCCUCCACAGAAGCCUUACUCGGCGUCUCACAUUCGAUUUGACUCCGUCGUUGACAGAAAACAAAACCCUAACAUGUUUGUAAUUUUCAGUGAUACACAAGCUUAUCCAGAAUACCUCAUAACAUUCAGCCAAGAUCCGAGAUCCUUCCGAAAUCUGAGACAGCAUACUGUGCCAUCAACAAGUGUCGGCUACGGUUGUUAUUUGAUGUAAUUUUGGUGAACGGGAGGUAGUCCAGUGGUAAAGUAUUGAUGAGCGGUCGGUCUAGGAUCGAUCCCCGUUUGAUGGAUCCUUUGGGUUAUUUCUCGUUCCAGCCAGUGCUCAACAACUGGUG